AUGGUGUACUCAAUAGCCAGAUGGCAGUAUUCCUCAGUGGAGGGGGGCAAGUUGCAAGCUGUGGCUCAGAGUGCACCGUUGGUGCAGCUGCAUGCACCAUCAUCACAACCCUCAAUGCUGCAGCCAAAUUCAUGGGCUCAAGUGCAACUUCUACUGACGUGGACAUCUUCAAUGAUAAAUGAGGCAGGUAGUGCUAAUGCAAAGGAUCACGCUCCCAUCUUUAUAAAAACGGCGUCAUUCAACAACGCAAAGAUUCUCGUUGAAGACAAUGUUGAGGCAGCUUUUGAAGGCAGUUUGAACAAUGUAGAGAAUCAACGUAGCUCAGUGAAACCGUCACAGUAA